AUGUCUGAACAACUUCCAAAAAUUGAAAUUCUUCAAGAAGGUGAUGGUAAAACUCUUGCUAAACCAGGUGAUGUAGUCACCAUUCAUUACGUUGGUACUUUAACCAACGGUAAGAAAUUCGAUUCUUCAAGAGAUAGAGGUAAACCAUUCACUUGUGUUGCUGGUGUUGGUCAAGUCAUUGCUGGUUGGGAUAUUGCCCUUACUAACAACUUUGGAAAAGGUUUAGAACAACCAAUUUAUAAAGGUUCCAAAGCUGUUUUAACCAUUCCAUCAGAAUUGGCUUAUAAAGAUCGUGGAUUCCCAGGUUUAAUUCCACCAAAUUCAACUUUAGUUUUUGAAAUUGAAUUACUUGAUAUUGCAUCUAAUUAG